AUGGGCAAUCUCGGCUGCAAUCUGACAUCCAUCGCCUGGAUGAUCCUGGCCACAUCUGAAACAACGUGGCUUGGAGCGGCAAAGGGUGCGGGUGUGCCCAAAACGACAACAAUUAUAACACUGUAUGGUAGGUACGUCAGUGACACCGGAAAAGGUGACUCCUAUCUCAGCGAGCUGAUCCGCAUCAGGAUACAUGGCACUGAUGAGAAUAACGUCGCAAACCAUGUCCAAGUUAUCCUCAAAUCUAUCCCUAAAAGCAUCGCAAGGAGAUUGACUUUCAGGAGCCACGAGUUCUUCCAAAACGAGAUCAUGUUCUACGAGAAAGUCCUACCAGCUUUACUGGACUUCCAAUCCACGAAAAAUGUAAAAGACCCUUUCGAUAAAUACACCAAAAUGUUCUUUUCUUUCUGCGAUGGGACCAACGACGUUCUUUGCUUAGAGGACGCAAGCUUAUAUCAGUUUGGGAGCGCAGUGAGGCAAGAAGGGAUCGACUUAGAACAUUGCAAGUUGACUUUCAAAAUACUAGCGCAGUUCCACGCCCUCUCCUUCGCUAUGAAAGACCAGAAGCCAGAAGAAUUUAGGAAGUUAAAGACUCACCUUACAGAAGUCUAUUACCAUGAUCGUUUAUGGGAUUGGUACACGAGAUUUUGGAAGAGGAUUUCAGGUAUAGCCAUCGACGCGGUAGAAAAGGAAUACCCUGACUCCAUUUACGUGGAGAAGGUUAAGGAGUUUGCGGUACCAGAAAGGUACCAAAAUAUGAUAGAUGCGGCGACAAAAACUGAUGAAACUGGAGUUAUAUCUCACGGGGACUCGUGGACGAACAACUUCCUUUAUAAGUAUGUGGGUCCCAUAUAG